AUGAUUCUCUCCCUCCUGGCCCUCUUGUCCUUGGCGACAUGUAUCCAAGCCAAAACCCUCUCCAGCAACGAGGCCAUCGCCGCCUUCAUCGCUAAACUGAACAAGACAGUCACCAUAGACCUCGCCAACCCCCCCUACAUGGACAAGGACAAGGAAACCUUCCCCGUGGGUUGCACCGACCUGCUAUGUAUCCAUGUGCCCCUGUGGAAGCGCACCCUGCUGCGGACCGUUGACCACGUCGACAUCCUGUACACGGCCCAUUCAGAGAAGCCCAGGCUCAACACCGGACCCAGAGACAUGACUUUCCAGUUCACGUCGUCGACGGCCAUUAUGGAGUCGACAACCUGGGGCUGGAACAUUGGGGUUCAGCUCAGCUACUCCAACCAAGUGUUGACCGUCGGUUACAGCCAUGAAAACGCAUACUCCAGGACGGUUACGACGACCGAGAGCGACACCAUCACCUGCCCGUCCAACUACGAGUGCACCAUCAAGACGCUCACCUUCUACACCAUUGUCCAUGGCACGUGCGUCACGCAGCAGUACGUCACGUGCGCAGGCACCUACAAUGUCUGCGACCACGCGACCCAGCCAUGCUACGAGCUUCAACCUGUGCAUGACAACGUCUGCAAGACCCCUUAUCCGAUGCUGCCCUGCUCCAUCCAGGUCCCGAUUCUCGAUACCGAUAAAAAUCCAGUUACUGCCAAGGUCAUCGUUGCCGAAAAGAUCAAAUUCAGCGCCAAGAGGAGCCGCGGGCAGAGGUUGUCGAGGUAG